AUGAGCCUUAUCCAAGAAAUCCGAGAGAACAUCACAUUACAUCGACAGCCACUGCAGAUCCAAGAUCUCUUGGAGGAUGUCAUCAUAAAUGGAAUCGUCUCAGAGAAGACAGCCUUUAUGCUCCUAAAAGGAUUCUCAAACCUAUCGAGUCGCUGGCUAUUCCUGAGCACGGACUUGACCGAUGUACGUGCCAAGUCGCCCCUUCUAUUCGGCACUUGUAUUCUUGCUGGUCUUCACAUAACUCCAUCAUUGCACGGUUCUUCAACACAUCACGCAUUAUACCGCCAUGUUCAUGGACUGUUAGGCCGGUCCCAAUUUGUAUCUGCUGUCUCCCCAGAAACCAUUCAAGCUAUGUUGAUUUGUUCCAUGUGGGACUUGAGACCAACAAGAGAUCAUGAUCAUGGCAAUUCGUGGCUUUUGAGCGGUACAGCAGCAAUGCAGGUUAUGAUCACGACUUCUUUUGAACAGCUACUGCAGACUAGUAGCAUUCAGGAACAGGCACGAGCGCGUGAGAUCUUACGCACCUGGAACUUGAUCUGCUUGUGUCAGCUACAAUUCUCAGUUGGCUCUGGUCGACCACCUGUCAUUGCGGGACAAUACUUCGAUCAAUGCGCAAAGGUUCUCGAGUUCCCGUCUUACAAUUCCCGAGACGAGCUGGUACUAGCUGGAGUGUACCUUUACCGAACACUAUGGGAGCUGGUUAGCUCAAAUGCGAUCCAGAAGGAAGUUCCAGCCUGGCUUGAGAUUGAUCAACUCUGCAAGUCGCAAGAACACAUUUACAACCUGGACUCCUCCGAGCCUUUACGAUUUGCCUAUUCCUGCGCUUAUCUGAUACUUGCUCGCCGCACCCUACAGCACAUACAUGAAUCUCAGCCUGGGCCCUCAAGCAACACAAGAAGUAGACCUGAAGCCGAUAAUGCUAUUCCAUUUAUCAGAUUUGCGAUCCAUCACUCGAACCAGAUUUUGGUUCUCUUUCUGUCCAUGUCAGAUCUUACCACUUGCAUCCAUCCGGCAUACGAGAACCUGCUGUGUUCAUUUGCGAUGGUCACAUUAGCGGAGUUCGUUAGCCAUGUGGUCAACAUUGGCGAGGUUAUCAGGCUCAUGGAGCGGGCUAUAUCUCAUAUCCAGCGUGGCGGGAAGGCCGAGCCUGUGAGUCGGUGGUCAUUGAAUGUUAUUAAGCAGCAUAUCAGUGGGACUGAGUUAGACUCGUUGACAGAAGGAGCUGAUGGUACCGAGACUCUCCCUCCACCCACAGUAGAUAAUACUAAGUCGUGGGUGGAUAGUGACUGGAAUGUGAACAUUGAGCAGGAGUUUCCAUCUCUUGAAGAUAUGUUCUUUGGGAACGCGGUUUGA